AUGUCACAUCAUUAUUUUUUAUGUGAAUGCAAGGGUCGUAAAAUUCAAUCGGUAUCCAAACUGUCCCAUACAUUUAGAAGCAUUCGUUUGUGGUUGAGUGUUGAGUAUAUAGGAGACGGUAUUGAGUCGAUAGGAAACUAUGUUAAGUCGAUAGGAGACUGUGUUGAGUCGAUAGAAGACUAUGUUGAGUCGAUAGAAGACUAUGUUGAGUCGAUAGGAGGCUGUGUUGAGUCGAUAGAAGACUAUGUUGAGUCGAUAGAAGACUAUGUUGAGUCGAUAGGAGACUGUGUUGAGUCGAUAGGAGACUAUGUUGAGUCGAUAGAAGACUAUGUUGAGUCGAUAGGAGACUAUGUUGAGUCGAUAGAAGACUAUGUUGAGUCGAUAGAAGACUGUGUUGAGUCGAUAGGAGACUAUGUUGAGUCGAUAGGAGGCUGUGUUGAGUCGAUAGAAGACUAUGUUGAAUCGAUAGAAGACUGUGUUGAGUGGAUAGGAGAUUGUGUUGAGUCGAUAGGAGACUAUGUUGAGUCGAUAGAAGACUAUGUUGAGUCGAUAGGAGACGGUAUUAAGUCGAUAGAUGACUAUGCUGAGUCGAUAGGAGACUGUGUUGAGUCUAUAGGAGAUGGUAUUGAGUCGAUAGAAGACUGCGUUGAGUCGACAGAAGACUAA